GAAAAAGGUCUCAUCUUGCCGGGUGGUAAGAUAAAUUGGGACUGUCCGUGUUUAGGAGGGAUGGCAAGUGGAGUUUGUGGAGAGCAGUUUAAGACUGCAUUCACCUGCUUCCACUUUAGUCAAGAAGAGGUGAAGGGUUCGGACUGUCUGGAGCAAUUCAGUAGCAUGCAGGAGUGUUUUCGUCAACAUCCUGAAGUCUUUGCUCAAGAAGAUAAUCCUCAGAGUGCCAAUCCUGGAUCUGAAGCAGAACAAAAAGACUCCCCUUCCAUCUCUGACUUCAACUCAAGCAAAGAGUCUGACCCUCCGCCCACUGAGACAAAUGAUAUGCCCUCACAGCUGCCCGUAGCUAGUUAAAAUUGGAGAACAACCAAUUUCUUAUUCCACUUUUUUGUUUUACUUUAAUAUAUUAAUAUAAAAUGAGACAUAAAGGAAACGGGGACACUACAUGAAUGCAAAAAGUAAGAUUAAAUGGAUAUAUAUUUUUUUAAUCAACAUGACAUCCUGAAAUAUAUAAUGUGAUCUUAAACAUGGCAAGACAUUGAGUAAAAGGAAUCAUAUAUAGAAUAUAGGUUUUUGUUGAACUCUCUCACUUAAAGUGUGUUCUGAAAAUUUCAUAUUUAAACAUUUUGUGUUCUGUCUGUCUUUUACUCCUUUUUCAUAUUUUCUAUUUUGUUCAUACAGUCACCUUAAUCCAAGUGUAACUUUGUUACAUAUUGAUGUGUGAAAGUGUGUGAUUUAAAGUCUACAAAGAUUAAUGUAUGUCAUACAUUGUACUUGAGUGAGUGCAAGUAUUUGUGUGUAAAACGUAGGAUAUUUUGAAUAAAAGUUAUAAACUCAA